UGGUAAGACGUGUAAGGCUUCUCAAAUUCUGAUAACAAUUUCACUUUUUCAUAGCAAGACCAUUCAAUUGUAAAGGGUUCACCUCUAAUUGAGAAUAGUUUGAAAACGCUUAUUGUUUCUGUAACGUAGCUACAUAGUUUAGCGCCGAAACACGAAAUAUGCCUAAUAAUCAGUAUUUCCAUAAAAUUCUUGUUAUUUUUAUUUUGUUUUUGAAUUCGGUUGUGAGUGCACACAAUGUUCAAGAAAAAAGUUUCGCCACCUCGGUAGCCGGUUUGGAACAACUAUUGUUAACGGAAAAUAUUUUAAUAGAAAAUGUGGAUAAAUAUGCCGAUAAAUUGCAAGAAAAAGUGAAUACAUUGAAAAACCUAGUCAACCAUCUGAAAAUAGAAAAUGGAAAAGCCUUACAAGAUAGUAAAAAGUAUCUUCAUAUUCCACUCAAUGCGUUUUCCCUAAUACGUCGAAUGCAUAAUGAUUGGAACCCAAUUGAAAUGUUUAUGGUGCGACCGGUUGGUGAAAACCACUUAAACAUGAUUAGAAAACAUCUCCCGGAAAUGCCAACAUCAAAGGAUAUUACCGAAGCUUCGGAGGCUAUAUACCGUUUACAGGAUACAUAUGGUAUGGAAACCGAUGAUGUUGCCAGGGGUAUAUUCAAUGGCAAGCAAUAUGAUGCCAAACUGAGCUCCGUGGAUUGCGUAUUCAUGGGAAUGCAUAUGUAUGGAAAGAAAUUGUUUCAUUUAGCUGUUGAGUGGUUUAACAGAGCCAUUGAGACAUAUGAAAGUUCUGACUAUAAUAAUGUAAUAAAUCAUAUAUUGGGGGACAUAUACUACCUGUUCGGAGAGGCCUUAGCACAGGAAUAUCGCUUUAAUGAUGCUAUCGUUGCAAUGGAAAAAGCUCGCGAGUUGCUUCCACAAGACGCUCGUUUGCUGCAUCGUAAAAAUGAUAUAGAAAUGAGGGCUAAAAUGUAUGAUGGAUCACCAGUAAAGCAUCCGAAGCGUGAACCAACUGACAAUGAAAGAGGAUGCAGCGGACAAUAUGUCAAUAAGCCAUCGUUUCGGCUUUAUUGUGUCUACAACACCACUACGUCAGCGUUUUUGCGAUUGGCUCCGUUAAAAAUGGAAAUUUUGCAUUUGGAUCCAUAUUUGGUUGUAUUUCAUGACGUUAUAUCGGAUGCUGAAAUACAAGAAUUAAAAACGUUGGCAAAACCCUAUCUCAACAGAUCUACUGUAUACAAAGAUGGAAAGGCAGUUGCCAUUGAUAGAAGAACAUCGAAAUAUGCUUGGUUUGGGGAUAACUUCUCCAAUGUCACGAGACGUAUAAAUCAGCGGAUUCGUGACAUGACUGGUUUCGAUAUUGAGGGAUCCGAAAUGCUGCAGGUGAUGAACUAUGGCGUGGGUGGUCAUUACGAUGCUCAUUAUGAUUUCUUUAAUGCUUCUGAUACAGAGGAUGUUGUUAGGGAGACCGGUGAUCGUAUUGCCACAGUAUUGUUUUAUAUGACCGAUGUGGAGCAGGGUGGUGCCACAGUAUUUCCCAAAAUUGAAACCGCAGUGUUUCCUCGAAAGGGUUCAGCCGUUAUGUGGUAUAAUUUGAAUAAUAAAGUUGUGGGCGAUGACCUCACAUUACAUGCUGCUUGCCCUGUCAUUGUAGGCUCUAAGUGGAUUUGCAAUAAAUGGAUACGUUCAAAGGCUCAAAUAUUUAGAAAACCAUGCUACAAAGAAUAAAUAAAUGAAUCAAUU